AUGUGUCCCUCUGUGGUGCAGUUCCUGUUGCUGACCUCCAUUGGCUUCUCAGUGGGGGUGACUCAAGACGGCAGUUACGUUUUCGUGACGACUGAGAAUGGUGAACUACGGGGCACCGUGAACACCACGCUGAAUGGGACGCUCCACAGCAGGCUUCUCGGCAUCCCGUACGCCACACCCCCUCUGGGGGAUCUCAGGUUCCGCGCGCCGCAGCCGGCGGCCAACUGGUCGGGCACCCGCGACGCGAUGACGAUGAGCGCCGUGUGCCCGCAGAGCGGCGUCGGCUCGGAGGACUGCCUCUACCUGAACGUGUACUUCCCCGUGUUCCACGACUCGCCGCUGCCCGUCAUGUUCUACAUCUACGGCGGUGCCUUCACCACGGGCAGCGCCACCGGCAAGGCGCCGGACUACUUCAUGGACGAGGGCGUCAUGCUGGUCACUUUCAACUACCGCGUCGGCUCCAUAGGAUUCCUGAGCCUGCAGAACGACGACAUCCCUGGUAAUGCGGGCCUCAAGGACCAAGUCAUGGCCCUGCAAUGGGUGCAGCGCAACAUUGCCGCCUUCGGCGGCGACCCGGACAAGGUCACUGUUUUUGGGGAGAGCGCAGGUGGAGCCUCCACGUCACACAUGCUCCUCUCGCCGGCUGCCAAGGGCCUGUUCGGCGGGGUGAUCAUCGAGAGCGGCCAGGCGUCCGCCAACUGGACGGUGGAGCCGGUGCCUCGAGAGAAGGCGUACCGCCUGGCGGCUGCGCUCGGCUUCCAGACCGCCAACCUCACAGCAGCAGAAGAGGACGAACGCCUCGCUGCCUUCCUAAGGACAGCCAACCACGAAGACCUCACCGUCGACGACUCGCGUGCCCUCUCUGAUUUCGAAAAACGACGUCUCAGCCCCGUGGCGUGGCAACCCGUUAUUGAGCCACCGUCAGCGUCGGCAGUGGUUACUGAGUCACCGAUCAGCAUUCUCAUGGAGGGCCGCUACAACCAAGUCCCCGUCAUGACCGGCGUCACAUCCGCUGACGGGUCCGUCUUUGUUGACAUGUCUGGAGUGAUGCAGAGCGAGUCUGUGGCGGCAGAUCUCAACGAAAACUUCACGUCCCUGGUGGGGUCUCUGCUGCCGAGGCCGACGAGGGAAGAGCAGGAGGCGGCGGCGCAGCAGCUGGAGGACUUCUACUUUGGGGACCAAGGAUUCUCACAGCAACAGCCGCAGGCCGUAUAUGAUAUGAUUUCCGACUUGUACUUUAUACAAGACACCCAGGCUUUCGCCAGGGUCGUGGCGAACACGAGCUCGUUCCCACUGUACUACUACUAUUUUGACUAUGACGGCUACGGAUCCACUGAAUACGGUAUGGCACAUGCUCAGGAAACGGGAUACCUAUUCAUGCAAUUGGUGGGAGGACCAAACAAAGAUCCAAACUCAAAUGACGGCAAGGUACUGGAUCUGCUGACCACCCUCUGGACGAACUUCGCCAAGUAUGGUGACCCAGCUCCUUCUGGAAGUCCAGUGACGUGGGAAGCGUACACUUCGGAGGCCUCUAAUUACUUACACUUGAAACUGGAGUCCGAAACACGGCAAGACCUCCUCCCUGAGCGCACACAACUCUGGAAACAGAUCCUGCCUGCUUAGACGAAGCACUUUAAUUUCUUUGUAUGAGAA